CGGCCGCCUCAGUGCCGUGGUGGAGAGCUGUGUGAAAAGACAUACGCCGCUUCCCUUCUCUCAUGUGAUAUCUCGCGACUAACUGCAGUCUUCUUAUGUAACGUUGGAACACCUAUUAGAGGAUUCGAUCUUGUUGCUUCGAAGAGACGAUUUGGUAUUGGGUUCCGCGUGUCAGUUGACGUGUACAAGAGCGGGGCAAGCUGUGACGCGAAAUAAGCUGUUAUUUUUUCCUACUGUUUCAUUCGUCUGCGAUUAGUGACAGCUGAUUCUCAUUUGUUAUCCGAAGGUGACGAUGGAGCCCCGCCAGUUCGCGAACCUCCGGCCGGUGUCGGCGCGGGGGAACCUCAACCAGACAACCUCCGCCACCUCCCCCCGCGGCGCCCUCUCCUCCCGCACGCCCCCCUCGCUCUCCUCCAGGACCUCCUUCUCCCCCAGGGACAACCUCAGGAGCAGUCUGAUCCCCCGGAGUACCAACCCGCCCAGGAGUACCAACCUCUCGCCGCGGACCAACCUCUCGCCCAGGGGUACCACCGGCACGCUCACCCCUGCGCCCGGAGGUUCCCCGAGUUCGACCUCCGCGACCACCACGACCCCUGGGGGAGGCGUGCCCAGGAGCCCCCGCGUGUGGAAGCCCAAGGGACCCCAGCAGUCCUUCGGGAAGCCCAGCAGGAUCAUCAAGAAGGAGGAGAAGGACCAGAUGCUGAAGAAACUCACGCCGAUGCAAUACCGCGUCACGCAGGAGAAGAUCACCGAGAGGCCCUACUCCAACAAGUACUACAAACACUGGGAGCGCGGGAUCUAUUCGUGCGUGGUGUGCGGGGAGGAGCUUUUCCUGUCGCACACCAAGUACGACUCGGGCUCCGGUUGGCCUGCUUUCUAUGACGUCAUCAAUAAUGAAAAGGUCUCUCUCAAGCAGGAUCUGUCUCAUGUUGGUGCUAACUUGCUGCUGUUAGUGUGCAACCCGUCACUGGCCCGAACGGAGGUGGGCUGCGCGACCUGCGGUGCCCACAUCGGCCACGUGUUCGAUGACGGACCCAAGCCCACGGGAAAGCGCUUCUGCGUCAACUCCAACGCCCUCAGCUUCAUCCCUCAGGGCCCUGUGGACGAAGAGGCCAUCCCGCAGGUGUUGAGGAAGGAGAUUGUGCGCGCCUCGACCACACCUCGCCCUUCCGAGCCUCUGGUGCACUUAGCCUCGCCCUCGAACUCAUGUGCUCUCGGUGCCCGCAUGUGUUUCCGCGUCUCCAGCAUGGACACCUGCGAAGCCACCACGCCGCAGUCCUGAGAAAAGCCCCAUGGUUCCAGCGGGGAACACGAGGUUGUGGUCUCCUCUGGAACCAUGACAACCUCGCGGGAGAGCGGGGCGCCGUUCGUCAGCAGUGCGCCCAAGAGUCAGAAGGAGGACAGCCCGGCGGUGUUCGCACAGAGGAACAUCACCGAGCUGAAACACGGGGACGAGGCUGAGGCCGAAGGCAGUUCGAAGAGGCUGAAGACCAAGUGCGACUGGCCGGCGGGGACGCACGCGGCCAGGGACGACAGGACGUACGUUUCUCCCAGCGCCAGAAACCUUUCGGCCAGAGAGAGAUUUUUCAAGAACCUGGAGGAUAACAACGUUCUGAAAAAUGGCGAUAGAAGUACGUCCACCAUACGGGAAAUCCCCAUCAACAUCAUAGAACCUUGUGACAUAGUGAUUGAAGAAGAUGAAAACGAGUUGAAUGAAGAGAGCGAGGAAGCGGAAAGGGCGGCCACUGACCCAUCAAACGCUAGCAAUAACAACCACCAAGAACUUCCAGAUAAUGCGAAAGAAAGUACAAAAGAAUCUAGCAAUACAGAAGAGGUAGAUGAAUCGACAACAAAGGACAGAGUACAGACUCCAGACAACCAACUGCAAGAUGACUCAGAACUAGAUAACGGCAAUGAGACUCAGCCCUUGCUACAGGAUGAGAGAUCGCCAACAGGACCAAUGAUAAAGAGCAAACCAUCCCCAGACAAAGAGAUCUCACAGGAAACUAAGUUUGAAGUAAAUUUGAAUAAUGGCAGGAUCAUUACAAACGGUUGGCCAGGCAUUGACAGAUACACGGUGGAGAAGCUGGAAGAUAAUACAGGCUUGGAUAACACACCUGCGGUGAAAUUAAGCCCUCCAAAGUCCAUUUUCUUGGAAGAGUGUCCAGGCAUCCAUAAGCUAACGGGUGAUGCAGACCCCGAAGCAAACACAGAGACUCUAGUCAGUGAAAAGAAGGAGAGUAAAGUGUCCAAGUUUGUGCGUAUAUUUAAUAAGAAAGAAGCAAACGCUGAGAGUGGGGGAGAAAGAGAAAGGUCGGUAGUAAGAAAGCACCCAAGUCGAGUAUGGGGCAUGUGCCUACAGGUACAAAGCCCGACGACUGAAGAAGAGGACGAUUCUAGCUAUAAGAAGAGUGAGAGGGAUAGCGUUAAGAGUGAGCCUCUGUUGGACAGUGGCUAUAGUGACAAGGAGUCGAGUGUAGGAGUAGGUAUCGAAGGUGAUCGGAACUCUACGAGCUUCCAUGACGUAGAGGCAGCUAGCUUCCAUUCUUUAGACAUUCUCAAUGGCGACAAGAAAGGAGACGCUGAGGAGAGAGACAAACUCGAUAAUUUGAAUUUGAUACGGCGCUCGGGGGGACGGAGGUCUUUCGAUAAGCCAGAAAAGUCAUCUAAGCCCAAGCGAUCCAACACUUUAGGGGAUCCGGCGGACAGCAAAGCCAUCCUUUAUAAGACAACUAAGACGCUCCCUGCAACCCAUGGUCUGAAUGAACUAGUACAUGAACAUGCUAGUCACCCAUUCUACAAAAAGUUCUAUAGUCACUGUGUGAUUUUACCAAUGCGUAAAAAGAAGAAGGAAACAGCCAAGAAGUCUGUGGAAGACGAAGCUGUGAGUUUGGUUGCAAGUGCAAAGGAAGAAGAAAUCAGUCCAAGUGACGUAAAGAAACCAGAGGGAGAAGAAGAAACGCCAAAAGAGGAAGAGAAAAAGGAAGAGGUUGAAUCCCCCAAGAAGCUGCCAGUCAUAGAAGACCUCCUCGCUGAGAUUCUGGAAAAUGUGUCCUUGAUGGAGAAGGACAUAAAGGAUGACGAAGAAAAGAGACUGAGUCUGGUCGACUUUCUGGAUGGACGUUCAGAAUUCGACUUCGAUGACAGUGACAGCAAAUCAGGCACAGAAUCCACCGAAAAAACUCCCACUGGCUUAGGAUCCGCCGAUAAAACUCCCUUCAGACAUAGGAUCUGCCGAGAAAACUCCUACAGACAUAAAAUCCGCCGAGAAAACACCCACAGACGUCCCUGCCUUCGAGGAAGGAGUGACCGAAGGUGCUGUGGGUCCUUCGCAGUUCACCAGAGACAUGAGCAUCCCGGCGUGUCUCGUCAGCAGCGACACGACAGAGGAGAUGUUCACAGCUGAUUCUAUGACGCCCGACUUCGAGUGGAUCGACGAGAGCGUCCGGAGUCUGAGUCCAGUAUCGUCGGGUGGCGAGAGCAUCAAGAGGUCGAACUCGCGGGUCAGUUCGCUCAUUUCGAAGUUCGAACGGGGCGGCACGUAGGGUCGUCGAAUUUCGAAGCCGUGCGCCACCAGGGAGCUAAAAAAAUGGCAAGCAGAAUACUCAUUUGUCUGACGGAGAGUUUUGAACGUCUUCAGUGUUAAAUAUAAUCAAAGGAGAUUAACGUUCCUCUUUAUUGUUUAGCAUCGCUGUUUCGAGUCCCGUAGUGGGCUGAACUCAUUCAAAGUGUCUCUCGCGUAAGGUAAAUUUAUGAUGUAAAAAAGGAGGAUGUAACCUUUUUGAAGAACUGUUACUGCUUUAAUGAAAAAAGGACUUUUGUAUGCUUCACUUCUUCAAAUAGUAUUGAAAAAGAUGCUUAUUUAGUAAAGCAUUUGAAGUUGAGAUUAUAUUUUAUUAUAUCAAUAGUUUUGAGUAAUCGUAUGGCUCAGUAGUGUAACAGAAUUAGCAAUUGGAUAGUAUUUAGUUGUUGUUAUUAUUCUUUGGUUUGUUUCCUUCGCAGGAUGAUAAAUAGAUACUUAAAUGUAUAUAAUGUUUAUAUCUAGCACUGUAUAUUGCUGAUUUUUUUCAGAUUUUUCCAGGUGGUGUUUUGAAAAUUUUAUGUUAACUUAAUAUUGGAUUUUUUAGUCGAUUAACGAAUUCUUGCUAGUCAAGCCUCUCUUAAUCCGAUUUUUGGCCUUUUAUUACUGGAUACUUAUGGUGUGAAAUGGUGAUUUCCUUGCAUUGCAUUCUUCGAAAUCAUUAUUGAUGAAAUACAAUGUAUUCAUAUUGUAUUUGUUGUCUAAAUGCAUGUUUUUGUUUUCAGUCUUUUACACACUUUGUCUAUCUAUCUGUCUGUCUGUCUGUCUGUCUAUCUUUCUCUUCAAUGCUCUCUUUAAACCAGUAUUCCUUACGAAGAUACGGCUCUUAUGACCAUUCCUUCCUCCGGUGUUACAGGGAGGAAUUCUCAUGACAAUUUAUAGGGUUAUACCUCUCAUUAUUAACAUUUUAUUUCGAAUAUUUAUUUCAAAUGCGUGUAUAAAUGAAUCUAUAUUGAGUUGAAGGUAAUGUAGAGUAGUUAGGGAAUCCGUCAUUAUUAUCAUUAUUAUUAUUAUUAACUAAUUUUCUUUUUGUAUUAAUAGAUUCGAAAAUGAUCUACGACUUUUAAAUUUUCAUCUGUGUGGCUUGAUGUAGCAAGAUGAUUAUUUCCAAUGAUGAUUAAAUAGCUCUGUAAAUAAAUACUGUUUAUCAUGGCUCGGUAAACGCUAGAAAUGCGAAAGAAAACGAAAUGUAGAAUACGUUUCCAUUGAGGGAAGACUAAUAUUUUAUAGUUACGUGAAAUAUCUCGUAAAUCCAUUAUUAACAUAAGACCAUCGUUUCUCAGUCCUGUUUUAGAAGUACGUAAAAUGACCGUAUUUUUUAACUCUAUGGUCCAUCGGUAUAAAGUGUUCAUUGCUCAAAAUGACCUUAUUAUUGAAUUUUAUAUAACCUGAAAUAUAAGGUUAGUUAUUAUUUGCAUUAUGAAACGAAACUUUUAAAAUGGUAAUUUUUCUGUAUGAAUAAUUUUGGUUUAAUAAGUUUUAUUUAAGUGAGAUCGAAAAUUUUAAAAUAACAGGCAUGGGACUGAAUAUGUAAGAUAACAGUCUUAACAUUAAAAUAUUGUGUACAUGUUAAUAUAUGCAUUCAUUGUUAACUCUAUGAAUUCAGGCCUUUUUAUAUACAAGCUUAAUAUAAUGACAUUAUGUUGAAUAGUUAUAACGAUGUUGAUUUUUCAAACCUGCCACUUUUUCGAUAUGCAGUAAUUUUUUAUCGCUAGGGUUAUCAUUAGAAAGAGCUACAAUCAUGAAUAGUAUUAUAAUAUUAUAAGACUAAGUUAUUGAUUUGUUUAAAGUUAUGCUUUUCUUUGGUUUAUUAAUGAUUUUUCAUCAUUUGUAUAUGUCAAAAAUAUUUGUGUAUGGUAUUAAAGCAUUGCAAUUUUUUAUUUUAUAUAUCAAAUCAUGUAUCAUUCAUUAAGCAAACACACACACACACACACACACACACACACACACACACACACACACACACACACACACACACACACACACACACACACACACACACACACACACACACACACACACUGCGUAUCAAUUUCCAAACAAAUUAAAACAACAUAAUAUAUAUAUAUAUACAUAUACACACAUAUAUACCGAGAAAAUAAUGCUUCUCAAAGGACAAUUCUUUGUAACGAAAUGCCAGUACAAUGAUCAUAUAUGUGUUGUUAUCCUCUUCAGAUCAGCUUAGUGUCUAUUACGAAUGUCGAUGUUCAGCUGUUUCAUAUUUGCCAUCGUGUUUACAACCUUCUUGAACUGUAAGGAAUAUUUUGGAAAUGUGAGCGUAAAUUUCAUUGUCUUCGUUACGAAAACCAGAGUGAAAGUGCCUGCUGUUGAUUUUUUAUUAUUAUUAUUAUUAUUAUUAUUAUUAUUAUUAUUGUUCUUGUCGUUUCUUCUUUAUUUACAAGUAAAUUGCGUUUCACAAACACCUGGCUUCAACCUGAAUGAACAUUUUAAGGAUUGUGAAAUGUUGAUAUGAAGUCACGAUCAUUGCUUCCAGUCAUGGGUGCCAACAGCGAUGAACAUUCAGAUUAAAAUUCCCCCAAAAAAUAUAUAUGAUCAAAAUAAUCUUUUGAGAAAGAUCGAAAAACAAUCAUGUACAAGUAAAGAGAGAAGGAAAGUGCUUAGACAUUUUUUUUUUUCUUUAGUAAAAUUUAA